UCUUCUUCUCAUCCCACCCGAACACAACCACACCCAAAUCCUUUCUUAUUGUAUUAAUUUCUCAAUUAAUGGGGAAGUUAAAGAAGCGAAGUACCAGGGGUUGAAGGGACCGAAGGAGGUGGUGAUUGCGUCGUGGGUGCAGGGGAUGAGUUAUUAGCUGGUGGAGGAGCAGAUUUGGAACCAGAUGGAGGAGGUGUGACGGUGGAGGAUGGAGGAGAUUUUUCUGGUGUUUCUCCUUGUGGUGCUAGUGAAGAAUCGGGCGAAGGGGGCGGGACAUCAGCUGGAGGAGGUGGGGACUCUGGAUUUAGGUGGAGGUGAGGUGAGGCUUCUGCUGGAGGUGUUUGGGAAGAUUUGGGAGGGGCGAACCUUCUGAUGGAGGUGGUGGGGAAGCAUCUAGUGGGGGUUCUGACGUAGCCGAAGGAGAGGCAGCUGGUGGAGAAGGUGGUGGCUAUGCUGGAGGAGGUGAUGACGGGGGUGGAGAAGCUGUAGCUAAUUUUUUUGGUUUAUUGUUAUAUCAAUUCCAUCACCAAACUUUUCAAAGUUGUUGAUGUAUUGGGAAUUAAAAUCGUGUGGAGGGGUUUGGGUGUAGUGCAGGUGUGAUUGUGUUCAGUUGGGAUGAGAAGAAGAUGCGUUCGUUUUUAUUUUUUAUUUUUAUUUUUUAUUAUUAUUUUUUUUUACAAAAAUAAAAAUUGUUUUUUAAUUUAAAAUAUUUUUAAUCCACUUGGCAUAUUUAAUUAGACUUGUAGGGUUUAGUUAUAUGUCAUGUCAUCACUUAACAGAAUUUUUUAUAGAAUUGUAACGGAAGAACUAGAUUGAUUUACGACAUCUAUUUUCAGGGAUUACAUUAAUUGAUUUUCAAUUUCAAGGUACUAUCUUGAUGAAAUGGGUCAAUUUCAGAGAUCAUUUGUGAUAAAAACCCUAGGACUUUUACACGGAUCGCAUGUAUAGAAAGUCUUUGUAAAAUCUCUAUAAGAGAGAUGUCUAUGUACGUUUGAAGUAAUCCCAUUCUACAAAUAAAAGUUGUAAACUCUUCCUAAUAUUUUUCUCAAAACUUGCUGCUUCUUUCUUUCUUUUGUCCAAUUUUAUUGAGAGUGACAGUGAGAGAUGUGAUAGGGUUAGAAAAAUUAUCACCCACAUAAUUUUUUUUUUUUUUAUCUUUUUGGAAACUUGUCACCCACAUAUUCUGGUAUUGAGUUAGUAAACUUUGACUACCUACAUUUUUCAUGCUAUAAAUUGAAAGCAUACCCAUGACUGAACCUCACCAAGCAGUUUCAAAACCUUAAUUGUUCCCCAAUUUUUUCUAAUUAACCUUUUCUCUUGGUUGCUCAAUUAGUUGUCAUGCAUCCACUAAUGGCGUUAAAAUUCAUACCAAAGCUCAAUGCUCCAUCCUUGUUUUUCGUCAUGGUUGUUCUAGCCAUGACUACAUUUCCAGCGAUCCGAGCUACUCACGAGUCCAAGGAAACCCACCUGUCUUUCUACGCUCAUGACUUCUUAUCUGGUCCAAAUAUCACAGAUGUUGCGUUUGCAGGUAUUCCCGGCAAGAUUUGGAACUACGAUCAAUUUGCCACUGUUUAUGCGGAGGAUGCCCCUUUAACGGAGGGCAUAGACCUAAAAUCCGCCUCCGUUGGCCGGAUACAAGGCAUGUUUAUGGUAACGUCAUUGGAUGGACGUAAUUCCUAUGAUAUGUUAUCAAUUAUGUUCACAAACAAGGAGUACAAUGGAAGCACUCUUCAGAUACAAGGAAUUGAUAAGCAAUUCGAGCAACAUAGAGAAUUAUCAGUUGUUUCAGGUACUGGAAAGUUUCGAUUUGCUCGAGGAUAUAUUAUGUGUAAUACGGUUUUUGUGGACCUUCCAAAUGCAUACUUUGUUACACAAUGUAACGUUACAGUGAAACACUACUAGUAAAAAAAUCACGUAUAUUUGUUACACUAUGUAUCUAUGAUGAAACACUACUGGUAAAAAAUCGCAUGUAUUGUUCUUGUUUUUAUCAUAUGGUUAAUUCGGUUUGGUUAUGAGAAUUAGUUAUCGUUUAUUAUGAAUAAAAUCUUGUUACAUUAACCUUUUUUCUUAUCAAUGUUUGAAAUCAAAGCCUCUUAUUUCCA